AUGCGAUCAUCCGUCACGAUUGCCGGCUCUGCCACGGCACUUCUGGGGCUGCUUGUGCGUCCUGUAACUGCAGACGCAGAGACGGUCUACGUGACACCGCACGCCAGCUACUCGUCCUCGGUCGGCGUGCUGGGCUGCAAGAUCAACACCGACCGCGUGGCCUACUGGCCGGCCGAGGUGGACUGCAACAACCUCUGCGUCUCGCUGAGCUACGGCGGCCGUUCGCUCUAUCUGCUGCGCAUCGACCACUCGGGCGGUGCCCACGACGUCAGCUACGACGCCUGGAACUACCUCCUGACCGGCAAGUCGGCCACCGAGGACCCCAUCGCCGGCGGCGCCACCGCGAUGACGACCGAGACCGUCGACAUGGCCAACUGCGCCGACCUGCUGCAUGCCAAGGCCGACGGCAAGACUGCCCUGCCGCUCAGCGCCUCCAACAGCAUGAACUACCUCAACAGCUGCCUCGAACAACAGGCCGCCGGCAACGACAGCUGGGUCGCCCAGCACUACGCUCUCUUUAACAUCGCCGACCCUCUCUGCCUCUACGGCUACGACGAACCCUGCUCGCUCGACGACUGGCCCAGCCAGAACCAGGCUACCUGCCACCACGCUCUCGGUGCCGCUGCAACCCUCAGCGACGCCACCCCCGUCUACAACAUCGAGUACCCCAGCGGCACCCGCGUGCUCGCCGGCGGGGCUGCUGUUCCUGCUUCGUCCAGCACUGCGUCCGCUUCCAAGUCCACUGCCGCUGCCAACAAUGCCGCCGCCUCGUCUGCUGUCGUUCUUGUCGCUAGCUGGACCGCAGUCGGUCUCGCCAGCCUCGUCCACUCCCUCGUCGCCGGCUUCUUAUAG